AUUAAUUAAUUAAACCAAAAGCCUGGCGUAUCAGCAAUAUGCAUCUACGAAUGCUGUGAGGAUUUCAAGCCACAGCCCACAGAGGCGCCAGGUUCGCGGCCAUCGCCGGCAGCACGACGGGGAACUGCCAAGAGGAAGACGACGAGCCCCUGGGAGGAAGGCGGCACGCCUCACGGAAGGCGGCACGCUUCCCCCGGCCUCUCCCCUUCCUUCCCCGGCCGCCUCAGCACCGCCCUCAGGGCCGCCCCUUCCCCGCCGUCGCCGGCGGCUCCCGGUGGGCGGGGGCCGCGCCAUGGUGGCGGUGCGCUGCUGGCCGCUCUGGCUGCCGGCCUUGGCGCUGGCGUGGGGCCGUGCUGGGAUGGCGGCUACCUCCUUCCCCACCGCCACUCCGCCGGUGCCGGUACAGGCAUGUUCAAAAUUUUCCCAUCGAUCUUGUGAAGAAUGCCUGAAAAACGUUUCGUGCCUUUGGUGUUACACCAACAACACCUGUAUUGAUUAUCCUGUAAGAAGCAUUCUUCCAUCAUCUUCAUUAUGUUCACUCUCAAAUGCUCGAUGGGGAGUUUGCUGGAUAAACUUUGAGGCUUUGAUUAUUGCCAUGGCUGUAAUAGCUGGGCUCAUUCUGGUGUCCAUAGCGGUCUGUUGCUGUUACUGCUGUUACUGCAGAAAGUGUUCUAAGAGACAAGAUGACGAAGAGGAGCAGUUAGCUAGAAAGAGAGAGGAACGAAGACUACAGUCUCUUCAGAGGAAACAUGAAAGAAAACAGAAGCAUGAUGAAAUACGUAAGAAGUAUGGUCUUCUCCAGGACUCUGAUAAUCCAUACAGCAGAUUUGAGAAUGAGUAAAGCUGAGCACAUUCCAUUAAGCAUAUAGCUCCAGAACACAGGAGGAUUCUUGUUUUCAUUUGCCCUUUGAUAUCUCUUUUUCCAAAGAUUGUUCUCCUUUUGCCUCCCCCGCUCCCAGUUUUAAAACUAGGCGUGGAUGAGAACUGCACGAAAUACGUAUCUCUUUUACCUAUAUAGAAUGAUUUUUUUAUAAAUGCUUUUGUUUGUUGAAAUGUUUGCUGCUUAUAUUGACGUUUGUGUAAAACAUCACCUUUCUUCCUGUUUUUUUUGUUACCUUAUUUAGAUGGUUUACAGUCAUGAUCAUGUAUUUGAAUUCAGUCUUAACUGCCACUUAAGCAGUUGUUCCUGUGUUCCUAAAUAAAGAUUUUUUUCCUUACUGUAUCUGUUGUAUAAAAAUAAAAGGCAACAAGGAAGCAUAGCUUCACACAGCAGAAAUAGCUCAUGUUGGUACUGAGGAGAAACUACAACAGGCACAAUCUCAUGUGUUAUAGAAUGAGAAGUUUUUUUUUUUUUUCCCCUCUGGAAAAAGAGGAAAGACUAAUGUGUAAGGGUUGAGUGAGGGGAGCGUCUAUGUGUUUGAGUAAUUAAAUGCAGUAACGGAAAUGUUAAUGUAUACUUUUGGCUAUAUUACUGAUUUUGAAAAAGAAAUUACGUGGCAAGCAACUUUGGCAAGAUUUACAUGUGGUAAAGUGUACCAAAACUGAUGAUCGACUAGAGGAACAUUCAUCUAACUUUAACUUUGUGAACACUUUCUUUUGUAAUCUUUAUGUUUAAAAAGUAAAAAUCAAACGUUGCCAACCUUCUGCAGUUUGUAAUAGGGUAAGUGGGGUGGGUUGACCUCAGCCAGCAACUAACACCACCCAGGCACUUGCUCGCUUAAAGCGAAGGGGGGAGGAAAAUAGCAGCAAAAGUGAGAAAACCCUUAUGUCAAGAUCAAGAUGGUUUAGUAAGUGAAGGAGAGGGGAGGAGGAAGGGAAAGGAGGGAAAAGGCAAAACCAAGUGCUGUGCUCACCACCUCCCUGAAGCAGACCUCUGCCCAGCCAGUUUCUGUGCACUGACUAGCUCCCACCAAAACACCCUCUUCCAUUUUUAUUGCUGAGUAUAAUGUUGGAUGUCAUGGUAAAUCCCUUUGGUCAGGUCGGGUCAGCUGUCCCAGCUGUGUUUUCUCCCAGCUUCUUGCACAGCCCCAGCCUAUUUCCUGGAGGGGGCAGAAUGAAAACCUUGACAUUAUGCAAGCACCACUCAGCAAAGGCCAAAGAACUGGUGUGUUAGCAACUCAUUUUAGCCACAAAUACAAAGCACGGCACCAUGCAGGCCAUACUGUGGAGAAUGUUAAAUGCAUUCCAGCCAGUCCUGUAUAGUAAGAAAGUAUUUGCUUUUUAACCUUUUAUUAUUUUCCAUAAUGUGAUUUAUUUCCUCUCUCUUUUACUAGAGGUGUUUCAUUGAGCAUUUUUACUAGCUUACCAGUAUAAUGCAAGAAGCAAGGAUCUCGUACAGUUUAAAUAACCUCUCUGUGUAUUAUCCAUUAAAUAAAUGUACAGUAUAGAAUAUAUUCAUGUUAUUUUUAUCAAUGUUCUUAAAAAUAAAUCCUUUAACAUCCUUAA